UAAUGAAAAAAAUGGGCCACAGCCCAACCUGCCACCACUGGCGGUUUGUGGCGUGACAUUAUUAUAUGGUUGACUCAAAUCGACCUCCACUUCUCACUUCUGACACCUCCGUCGUUCAGUGCCACCCACCCACCUGUCCAACCAUAAAACAUGAUGCCUCAACCCGUCAAUUGGUGAACGUUCCGUCCGGAUCACCCAACCCAAGGCCUGAGCCUAUGACAAAAAAACCCUGACCCAUUCGUCUUAAGGCUCUGGAGUGUCCUGCGUGUCCAGGUGAAAGCGAGGCGGUGGACGUACGGGUGGGAUUGGCUCCGGAAUCCAGUUGGGUGGGCCCACGCACCUCCAUAUCGCGUCUACAUAUCACCCAGCCCAGAACGAGCCUGGCGACGGGAUCCCGUGGGGCGGGACUGUCCGGGCCAGCCGGGCUAGCCGGGGUGGGAUGGCUCACCUGUCGACGUCAUUGGGGUCGUCGCCCAUUCUGACCCGCCCCUCGAUCCCCUCGGCCCCCUCGCCAGUGGGUGGGGCGGGAGAUGCGUCGAACCAGGAUUGCUACUUCUUCUACUACUCGUCGUGCGUGAAGGGGUCGUGUUGCCCGUUUCGACACGAGCCGUCGGCCUUGGCCUCGGAAGUGGUGUGCACCUUCUGGAAACAGGGCAAGUGCACCAAACCCAAUUGUAUCUACCGACAUAUGGACAUUGUGAAGAAGCGCAGCACGAUCCCUUGCUUUUGGGAAGGGCAAUCCGGGGGAUGCAAGAAGCCCCACUGCCCGUUCCUGCACGAGGCGCCCAAAGAGCCUUAUCCCGAGGACAUGUCCCUCCUGAUGGGACUGGCCCCCAACCCCGGCCAGGGCCCCAUUAUCGUUAACCCCACCAAGAUGGACCAACUGACUGGACUCAUCUGGCCCGUCCAGCCCCAGGCUAAACCCGAGGCGUCCGAGGCGUCGCCCCCGGCCCGCAGUUUUUGGGCCGGGCGCGUCUCGGUCAAGGAGCGAUUGGGCCACGCCCGAGCCGCCGGAAUACGAGCCCGGUUGGGCGGUGGCGCCCCCCGAGCCACUGAUCGGGCCCCGAGCCCGGUGGGGGCGGGGCAGGUGGACCCGGACGAAGCCGGCCACUCGGAGGAAGAGGCCCUGCGACGGUCGGCCAUCCAGACCUUGGAUUUGCGGUCACGCUUGGCCGGCAGUACGGUCGCGCGCAUUGUGCGCCAUGUGGCCGUGACCUCGGAUCCCGAAUCCCAGGACGAGUCGCCCCACGACCAGCCCGACCUCGAUCCCGACCCCGAUCCCGAUCCCGAUCCCGACCCCUUCGUGGGAAAGAAGGUUAAAUCGGUGAUCAAGAAAGUCAAGAAAGAGGCCCGGGUGAAGAAGCGCCUGUUGAAGAAAAAGGCCAAGAAACUCAAAAAGGAAGAAAAGCGACAG